AUGGAAAAUAUAAAAAAAAAUGAGGAAAAUAAUAAUGUUUACUUUAAUAAAAAUAAAAUAGAUUAUCUUGAACAUAAUGACAUAUUAUUCUUUCAAGAAAAAAAUAAAAACAAAAUAGGCCUUGGCCGUGUUGUGAAUUUUAAAAUAGAACUCGUAUUAAACGAUAUCCAUUUUUAUUAUCCAUGUUGUGAAACGUCAGCAAAUCAUUGUUUAAAAAUUUUAAAUAAUAUAGAUAAUAAAGAAUAUGUAAAAAAAUUAAUUAAUAAAUUAAACAAAAACAAUAAAAUAUCCACAAAUACAAAAAACAAAGAAGAUAAUAAUAAAAAUGAUGAUACAAAAAAUAGCAGAAAUAAAGAAAACAAAAAAGAAUAUAGUAUACUACAUUAUUUUAAUAAACGUAUUAUAAAUAAUAUUACCAAGUCUUCUAUUCUUCUUUUAAAAAAAAAUAAUAAUAUAAAUUAUAAUAAUGUCCAAUCUAAAGAUCAAGAUAUUAAAAAUCAAAAAAAUAAUACCCUUCUACAUAAGGAAAACUACUCCUAUUUUAAAAAAAAUUCUAAUGAUAAUAAUAGUAAUCCUAAUUUUGAACAUCAUAAUAAUCAUAAUCAAAAAUGCUCACAUAAUUAUAAUUAUCCUUAUCAUAUGUACAAUAUCAAAAAUACAGGAGACACAAACCAAACAUCUACAGAUAUUAUUCAAGAUCAACGAAAAAAAGAACGUCGCAUCUUUUAUUUUAUACAAUCCUUAGAAACAUAUAAAUAUAACAUACAAUAUAAACGGAUUUUUAAACAUUAUAAAAUUCCUUAUAAUAAACAUUGGGAAAAUAUUAAAACGAUCUAUUGUAAAAAUAUGCAAAACAAAAUUGUCUUUGUAUUAGCCAUGAAAAUAUUCCAAAUUAAAAAAUUAUAUCCAAACAAUAUUCACUUCCAAAAUGUAAUGAUCAAUAAUCUUAUGAAAAUUUAUAAAAGUGAAAAAGAUCUACACGUUGAUUAUCUUAUUCUUAAUUAUAUUAAAAAGCUAGAUGUAAGGGUCAUUCUACAAAAUUGUGUCCUCAUAAGUAAUGAUGAGUUUAAUGAAAUAUUAUCAAAGUAUAAUAAAAAAGAUCAUCCUACAGAAAAAAGUGCACAUGAAAAAAAAAACGCAACUCUUCUGGGUUCGAAACGUGCAUCUAAGCAUCAAUUGAAUGAAAAUGCAUCUGACGGAAUCACCAAAAAGGAUUUUUCGCAAGACGAAAGGGAUGAAGAAAAUAAAGAAGAUGACGAAGAUAAAGAUGACGAUGAAGAUGACGAUAAAGAUGACGAUGAAGAUGACGAUGAAGAUGAUGAUGAAGAUGAAGAUGACUAUGAAUAUUCCAUCGAACAUUCCGACGAACACUCCGACGAAUAUUCCGUCGAACAUUCCGAUGAACAUUCCGAUGAACAUUCCGUCGAACAUUCCGAUGAACAUUCCAAUGAACAUUCCGAUGAACAUUCCGACGAACAUUCCGACGAACAAUUAGAUGAUAAAUUAUUUAGAAAUAAAUACAAAAUUGAAAAUGUGAAAGAUAUUAAAAAUGAAGAAAAAAAACCUUAUGACACGCUUCAGAAUCAUAGUGAUCAUUUAAAUGAUUCUGAACAAAUGAAUACAUUACAUAUGAAAAAAAAAAAAAGAAAUAACCCCAUGUACAAUGAUCAGGAGAAUAUUAAUAAAUAUAAUAACGAAUUUUUAAAUAAUAAUGAAAAUAUAAUUGAAUCUAGAACAAAGGAAUCGAAUUUUUUUAUAUCAAAAAAUGUUGUGAAAAAAAGAAAAAUUAUAGAAGGUCAAACAUAUAAAUACGAAUUAAAAGGUAAUAUUCUAGCCAAAUUCAAAUCUCCCCAUGGCAUUAUUUAUAGAGGUCAUAUUAAAAAUAUAUUUAGAAAUAAAAAUAAUAUACUAUCCUACUUUUUAAUUCUACCUUCAUUUUUCUUUAUGAAUAAUUCAUUUUAUUUCUCCUGCCUGAACAUAGAUAUUGAUAUCCUCAAAAUAUUCGAAAUUAUUAAAAUUUUAGACAAAUCCAAAAUAAACCAAAUAGAUAGUAUAGAUUUUAGUAAAUAUAAAAAUUUAAAACAAGUACAUGAAAAUGAUUUAAAAAUUAAUAAGACGCAGGAUAAUAUAUUCCAUGAGAAAUAUUCAACACAAGAUACGUGUAUUAGAAAGGUUGAUUCUGAACAAAUUAAUCUCCAAGCAUAUGAUAAAAAGGAGGAACCUUCUAAUGAGCAAAAUGAGGAACAGGCAAAAAAAAAUAAUAAUUUGGUAAGAAAAAAAAGGAAGAAGGAUAUAAAUGGAGAGCAUAUAAAUGGAGAUGAUAUAAAUGGAGAGCAUAUAAAUGGAGAUGAUAUAAAUGGAGAGCAUAUAAAUGGAGAUGAUAUAAAUGGAGAUGAUAUAAAUGAAAAACAUAUGAAUAAUAUAUUAAGGGAAAAUACAAAUUUGUUUUUAAAAAAUGAUAACAACCAAAGAGGUGUUAAUAAUGAUGACCAUCCUAAUAAUAAUAAUAAUAAUAAUAAUAAUUAUCAAAAUAAAGAAGAACCGAAUUUAAAAGAUAAAGCUCGAAAUAAAAUAGAAAGUCAUCUUUUCUUUCUUAGAAGACGACUUUUUGAUGUUAACAGAAACAAAACAGAUAAUAAGAAGAAUAGAACAAAGUCCAUUUUUUCAAUAAGUAAUGAAAAAAAAAAUACUUAUUUUUCAAAAAUUACCAACUUUUUCAAAAAAAUAGAACCCAAAAAGAAUAACCUAAAUUGUAUUUAUGAAAAGGAAAAUGUAAAUCAAGAAAAUAUAAAACCUGUGAAUGAUAAAUCUGAUCAUAUUAAUCUGACCGAACAAUUUGUCGAUAAAAGUGAAGAAAUAAAAAAUAUAAGCAAUAAUGAUAAUAAUAAUAAUAAUAAUAAUAAGGGAGAUGAAAUUAGUGAUAAGGAACAGGAUACAUCCUUCAAAUCUUUGAAAAAAUGUAAAAAUAUAAACAAGGAAGUAGAAAAUAAGAAUGAUGAGAAUAAUAAUAAAAAUUAUAAAAAUAGCAAAAAUAACAAAAAUAAUAAAACAGAAUAUGAUAACCAUGAAAGUUUUGUAAAAACUGAAUAUAAUUCUAGUGAUUAUAAUGAUUAUAUAAUAUCUGUAGAAAGGGAAUGGAAAAGAAGGGAAACGUUUAAUUCGGUUGAAGGUACUCCAACCCCUACGAGUAUUAACAAUAAUAAUAAUGAUAAUAUUAAUAAUAAUGAUAAUAUUAAUAAUAAUGAUAAUAUUAAUAAUAAUGAUAAUAAUAAUAAUAAUGAUAAUAUUAAUAAUAAUAAUAAUAUUAAUAAUAAUAAUAAUAAUAAUAGGGGAAAUGUUAAAAAGGAAGGGAAUAAUAAUAGAUACAAUCCAAAAAAUGAUGAUAUAAAAUAUAACUAUAUAAAUAAUUACCCCAAUAACGAAAAUAACUCAUAUAUGAAACAAAUUCAAAAUAUAAUUGAAGAAGAAAAAACGAAAAAAGUUGAAAUUUUAUAUAAAUAUUGUAAGAAUAAUAUAAAUAUUUUAUUAUAUAUAUAUGUCAUGCAUAUUUAUAUAAAUAAAUUAUGUAAAAAUAUUAUUGUGAAAAUACUUAAACCUAAUAUUAAAUAUGGAAAUAAAACAAAAUAUGACCACAAGGAUUUUAUUCUAUCUCCACUUAUUGGUUAUUCAUAUUCAAAAUUUUAUGGACUAAAAUUUAAUUACAUGAAUAUACAAUUACGAUCAGACGGAAAAAUUGAUAGGAGAUAUAAACUAGCCAAAGAACAUUUAAAAAAAGAACAAGAAGAAAAAAAUAAAAAAAUCAAAAAAAUCAAAAAAAUCAAAAAAAUCAAAAAUAAAUAUAACCAAUUAAAUUGUAAUAUUAAAGAAACUGAUACAGAACUAAACCUAUCUAAUGAUACACUUAUAUAUGAUAAACGUUUAAAAGUGAAAAAAAAUAAAACCAUAAAAUCCAAAAAUCAUAUUAUGGCAAAAUCAAAACGUCAUAUCAUAAAAAAAAAUACCAAAUUAAAUUACAAACAAACGAAAAAAAAUGGAUUUAGUACACAACAAUAUCAUAACGAUUCAUCUAAAGAAAAUUUCCUCUCACAUAAUUAUCAUGUUAAUGAGGAUACAGAUAACCAUAAAAAAAAUGAUGCAGAAUAUAUGAAAAAAAGUUAUAAUCAAAAUAUUAAUUUUUAUUUAUGGGGUAUGUUUAAUUGGGACUAUCGAAAAACGUUAAGAGUGUCUCUAAAUAGUAUAUCAAAUAAAAAAAUAAACAACUUUGAUAUUUAUAACUUCUUCUUUUAUAAUUAUGAUAAUAUAUCAAACCUAAAUGAAAUAAAUAAAGACUUGGGUAUUCUUAUAGAUAUUUAUAAAAGCAUUAAAAAUAUAUUAUAUCAAAAUUUAUCCUUGUAUGGAGAUUUACUUUUAUUGAAUGUACCAAAUAAUAUGACAAGAACACAUACGGAUGAAGAGUUGAUAUGUUUCUGGCUUAAAACUUUAAAUCAGUUGUAUCUAAUCAGGGACGGCUUUUCAAAUUAUUUUAAAAAUUUUUAA